GCCGCGGCUCCGGGAGGAGCAGGGGGGGUCUUGUUUCCAUCCCUUCCCCCACCGUCUCCCAUCCGCCGCGCCAAGGAUAGGCAGAGAAGCAGCCAUGGGGUGCAUUAAAAGCAAAGAAGAUAAAAGUCCAGGCAUGAAGUACAGAACUGACAAUGCUCCAGAGCCUGUCAUUGCCCAUGUGAGCCACUUCGGGUCAGACUCCAGCCAGGCUUCGCAGUCACCAUCAGGAAAGGGAUCAGCAGUGAACUUUAACAGUCAUUCCAUGACUCCUUUUGGAGGACCCUCAGGAAUGGCACCCUUUGGAGGAGCUUCCUCUUCAUUUUCAGCUGUGCCAAGUCCAUAUCCUAGUACUUUAACGGGUGGUGUUACUGUUUUUGUGGCCUUAUAUGACUAUGAAGCUAGAACCACAGAUGACCUGUCCUUCAAGAAAGGGGAGCGCUUCCAGAUCAUCAAUAACACGGAAGGAGACUGGUGGGAAGCAAGAUCCAUCGCUACGGGAAAAACAGGCUACAUCCCAAGCAAUUAUGUAGCUCCUGCAGACUCCAUCCAAGCAGAAGAGUGGUAUUUUGGUAAGAUGGGCAGGAAGGAUGCAGAAAGGCUGCUUCUGAAUCCUGGGAACCAACGUGGGAUUUUCUUAGUAAGAGAGAGUGAAACCACUAAAGGUGCUUAUUCCCUUUCCAUACGUGACUGGGAUGAGGUCAGAGGUGAUAAUGUGAAACACUACAAAAUCAGGAAACUUGACAAUGGUGGAUACUACAUCACCACCAGAGCACAGUUUGAAUCUCUCCAGAAGCUGGUGAAACACUACAGAGAGCAUGCUGAUGGGCUGUGUCACAAGCUAACAACUGUGUGCCCCACUGUGAAACCACAGACACAGGGACUAGCAAAAGAUGCCUGGGAAAUCCCUAGAGAGUCUUUGAGGCUGGAAGUUAAAUUGGGCCAGGGCUGCUUUGGCGAAGUAUGGAUGGGAACAUGGAAUGGAACCACAAAAGUAGCGAUCAAGACCCUGAAACCCGGCACAAUGAUGCCAGAGGCUUUCCUGCAAGAGGCUCAGAUCAUGAAGAAGCUCCGGCAUGACAAACUGGUCCCACUCUAUGCUGUGGUCUCUGAGGAGCCUAUCUACAUUGUCACUGAGUUCAUGACAAAAGGCAGCUUGUUAGACUUCCUCAAAGAAGGAGAAGGGAAAUACUUAAAACUGCCCCAGCUGGUGGACAUGGCCGCUCAGAUUGCUGAUGGCAUGGCUUACAUUGAAAGAAUGAACUACAUCCACAGGGACCUGCGGGCAGCCAACAUCCUUGUGGGUGACAAUCUGGUGUGUAAGAUAGCAGACUUUGGGCUGGCCAGGUUAAUAGAAGACAAUGAGUACACUGCAAGGCAAGGAGCUAAGUUUCCCAUCAAGUGGACUGCUCCAGAGGCAGCCUUGUACGGGCGGUUUACAAUCAAGUCGGACGUGUGGUCCUUUGGGAUUCUGCUGACAGAGCUGGUGACAAAGGGCAGAGUGCCAUACCCAGCCUCAAACCAGAACACCUGGCUUGGCAUCAAGCACUGUGAAGAGAACAUUCUGUGUGCUCCUGCCUGCAACCACUCAAGUGCCCUUUCCCUGGGCUUGUGAGGAGCUUUUGGCACUGAAAAUUUAAAAAAAAAAAAAGGAAGAAAGAGAUGAAGAAGAUGAUGAAGGAGAAGGAGCAGAAAGAGGAAAAAGAAAGUCUUCUAAAGUUUGCUGCUGGGCAGAAGGAGGUCUGAAUGCUCUUCCCUGUACCCAUCUCCAGUCCUUCUCACUCAGAGCCACACUGGCCACAGCUGGGAAUAGCACAAUUGAAUAUAGACAGCUGAAAUGAGUAAGUUCUCACUCCUGUGUUUUAGCUUUGAUUGUGGAAUGCAGUAAAUGUUCUCUGUGGAGAUUGUGCAAAUGCAUGUGUUCGUGCCAGCUUCCCCUCGAGAGAGAAGCCUUCACUUGAAGCUGGUUGUGUUUGGCUUCAACCAGAGGAGCGCUCACCUGAGUAGAGCAGUGCACUGCACACAGGAAACUCAAAUGCUAAAGUUUUUUCUUGUUAAAGGGCUUGAGGUUACAUCUGAAUAUCUGCUUUGGGCACCAUGAGCAGGUCUGAUGGCCAUCUACUCAGGUCCACAACUGCUUUUUCCAGGAGCUCUUGUCUUCUGCAGUGGGUGCUUGGAAUCUGCUCAGAUGCCUGGAAGUGCAGGUGCAUGCUUCUGCUUCAGCCUGAUGCCACAAGAAGGCUGCCGCUGGCCUUUGGGCACUGCAGGAGGCUGGCAGGCACCAUCCAGAUGGGAAACACCAGGAUGCACAUCUCUGGCAGAUGCCUUCUCAAGAUGAGUUGGGAAGAGUCAGUAGAUGGCAAUAGGGUGGUAACUAUUUUUGAUAGCCCUGAACUAAAAUAUGGGUUCUAACCAGUAAUCUUGGGUAGCUGCUGGACCUUGCACAGGUAGUUGUCAGCUGAGAAGUUGCUGAAAGUGAGAAGCAGAACCUACUGUAGAACUUCACCCACAGCCACAAGCUCAAGACUCUGCUUAAGAACAGGUCCUUUGAGGGUUUUCUCUGCACUUUUCCCUACUAUCACUUAGAGAGAGAAACACCAACAGCUUCCCUGCUCCCUUUCCCCUUAGCAGAGGGGAGGGAAAGAAAGAGAGUGAGAUGGCAGGAUGGAGAUGAGCAGCCGAGACACUGGGCAGAGGGAAGGAGGCUGAGGGCUGUAGGGAUGUAGCACAGCAAGUGUUAUCUAUUCUCCUUUCUCAUCUUUUGAACAGCAAUUGGAAGUGCAGGGAGCUGGAGGAGCACCUGUCCCCUUGUGCGCUGCAGACAUGGAGCAAGGCUGCUGCCAAGGGCUGCUUCUGUUCUCUGCAGUGGUGCUGAGCAGCUUCUCUAGGCUGGUUCGAGCCUUGUUCUACAACCAUUAGUGAGUGACCCAUGACUGACCCUUAGGGGGACAAACUGGUGCAAAGCCCAUAACCAGAGAGCCUAGUCCCUGUGAUGGAAGGGUGAAGAUUAAGACUAGACACAUUCUAUGAGCCCAGGCUUUGGGAAAAUGUUCUGCAGAAGGCAGCAGAGCCUUUCCAAGCAGAAAUAAGAACCAAAGGGACCUUGAUGAAAGGUCAUGAGACCUUUCAUGAGAUGAGACAGCAAAAGAACUGCUCAGGGUGUGUCCUUGGCUCAUUCUAAUGUGGAAACCACACCCUCAGAAUCUCAGGUACUCACCUUAAAGACCCCUACCCCCUGAGCCUGCACAGUGCAUUCAGAGCACAGUGCACAAAGAACCAUCCAGUUGCUGUUAGCAGAAGUGUUUCUGUCCCCCCAGACAGCUGCUGCAUAGCUGUAACUUGCUUUGGGACCGUUUCCUGAGCAGAGCUGCAAUAAGCCAAACAGCUCCACCCUGUGCCAGUUGCUCUUUGCACACUGUGUAAAGAAGCCAGUUCUGAGACACCACCUGGAUCCCACCUGGACAGGAGGGUUUGCCUCCGGAGCUCAGCCUGAGCAGGCUCUGGCAGGCAGCUGCAUGUUUACCAGUGGGUGCAGUUGAUGCAGGAUGCCAUGGCAGGCUGCCUGCUCUCCACAGGCCUGGAGGAUAACAAAGCUCAGGCAGUACCGUGAGACCUGUGCUCUUCACUGCUCCGUCUGAGAGAGCUGCUUUUCCCUGGCAGUGCUGCAGGCAGCUCCCAAGGUGGUUAUUUCUUUUAAUGUUUUUUGUGGAAUGCCCAUAGGCCCGAAAAUAGGCUCAUUCAUGCCUUGUCUUGCCUGGACAUGUUUUUCUGUUCACACCAGAGGUAGACACGUAAACACAUAACAAACCUGGCUGCAUAAAGUCUGGCCUGGCCAGGGCUCCUGAUUGUGUAACAUGGUUGUAUAAGCCCCACAUGCCCAGCUCAUUCUCACCGGAUGCUAGACCCAUGCUAUGCCCAUAUUUGGGAGGUUCAGGCUUGUGGACUUUGCCUAUUAUGGUAUGCUUUUGGCUAACUGCCAAGCUGAUUGGUCAUUUUGAUGUCCAAAGGGCCAUUAAUCUUGGCCCAGAUUUGGUAAAUAGAGGUACACAAGUAAACAAUUUGCUUAGACUCACCCUCACUGCUUUUUGCUUAUGCCUGCCUGCUUGCCUGCCUGACUGUCCACCUGCAGUGCAUCUACUUCACGGAGACAGAAUCUCUCGUGGGCUCCCAGACAGCCGUGCACACUUGCACGCCACUGUGGUGAGUUGCCAGGACUAGAUCCUAUAUUGCCUGCAUUUAUCUACGGAGCGCAAUCUCCCGUGCAGCCAUGCACACUAUUGCACACCCGCUGCCUUAUCACUGCCUGGUAAACUCCACUGCUGCUGAGUUACCAGGAGCAGACCCUGAAUUGUCUGCAUGUGACUGGCCUGUAUGGCCAGCGUGACAGUGUGCUGAGACUGCAUGGCAGCAUAUGUCUUCUGCACCUGAAGGUCCUGCCUUAGAAUCCCUGGACAGAGCGUCCAGAAGAAGCCAGGAGAACAGGGUCAGAGACUGUCCUUUCCCCUGAAGCCGGGAGGAUUCCAGCCUCAAAGUCCAUGGGCAGAGGUCCUGAAGAUUGGACACUUGUGUAGACUGUGACACAGCCUCGGAGGGUGAUUGAUAAUUAAUAAGAAUUUGUGAGUAAAUGCUUUAAUGCCUCUGUAAUUUCUGUUGCCUCCUACCAUAG